AGUCCACACCACAGAGUCUUAAACAAACAAACAAACUUAUCUUCUAAUUCCAUUCAAUUCAACUCAAGAAGGGCAAAAUAAGAGGAUCGUUCCCAUUUUCUCAACUCAAGAAUUAUGGGUUUGGCUUCUGUGGUUUACAAUGGCGUCCAAAUUCCAUUCAACUUCAAGGUUUCAUCUUUCAAAACCUCUACACUCCUCCAUUUCCUUCACCAUCCUAUCUCUUCUUUUUCCUCACGAGUGUAUCAUUUUCAUCAUCCUCUCCGUCUUCCCCUUCCAUACUCCAACCGAAUUCCUCAGGUUCAUCCAUUUCCUGCUUCAGAAGUGAAGAGAAUUAAUGCUCAACGAAAUGAUGACAUUGAGGAGACAUCUUCUACUGAGGAAUCACAGAGCUCUGCUGUUAGAACUGUAGCCUUAUGGGUUUGCGCUGCAGUGGCAUUUGGUGUUGGUUUGGGUUUUACAGAAGGUUAUGAAAAGGCAUCUGAAUUCUUUGCUGGAUACAUAUUGGAGCAAAGUCUCUCUGUGGAUAAUCUCUUUGUCUUUGUUCUAAUAUUCAAAUACUUCAAAGUGCCAGUUUUGUAUCAGAAUCGUGUACUUUCCUAUGGUAUUGUUGGUGCAGUUGUUUUUCGCCUGGCAAUAAUACUUCUUGGAACAGCCACCAUUCAGAGGUUUGAAGCAGUCAACCUUCUAUUGGCCGCGAUAUUACUCUUCUCAUCGUUUAAGCUAUUUGCUAGUGAAGAAGAAGAGUCAGACUUAUCUGAUAACUUUUUGGUGAAGACAUGCCAGAAACUAAUCCCUGUAACAACAUAUUAUGAUGGAAACAAGUUCAUAACUAAUCAGGAUGGAAUAUGGAUGGCCACACCUUUGCUUCUUACAGUAGCAGUUAUUGAACUCAGUGACAUUGCAUUCGCAGUGGACUCAAUACCUGCAGUUUUUGGAGUAACACGGGAUCCAUUUAUAGUGUUUUCUUCUAAUCUUUUUGCCAUUUUGGGUUUGAGGUCACUUUACGUGAUAAUUUCAGAGGGUAUGUCAGAAUUGAAGUACUUACAGCCGUCCAUUGCUGUUGUUCUGGGAUUCAUUGGGAUUAAGAUGAUCUUGGACUAUUUUGGAAUCCAUGUCUCCACAGAGGCAUCUCUUGGUUUUGUAGCCUCUAGUCUUACCAUUGGAGUGAUAUUAAGUCUGGCUAACAAAUCUGACUAGCUUAUAGACCAACUCAAAAUGAGUUGAGCUCUGCAUGAUUGCUUCUAUUUUACCAAGCAAUCCAAUUCUACCCUCACCACCAAUAAAAAAAAAACCAUUUAUUUUUCUUUUAUUAUCUUGUAAACUAUGCCAGCAAGAUUUACUUUAUAUGUUAAUGACAUUAGCCAAUUGCCAACUGAGGAACCCUUUGUUGCCUGUGCUACGGCAAUAGUUGAUGUUCAAAGUUAAAAGCAUAAUUGCAAAUUGUCAAUCAAAUCAUUUUAUUUUUGCUUAAAUGCAAUUUUGGUCCACCUAUUUACAAUUUUUGAAAA